AUGAUUGAGGGACGGAUUGGACCAUUAGAUCUGUCAGCGCCAGAAGUGAGUGGGGGAGAAGUAGAAUUAAGCGAAACUGAUCAGGAUGACACAAGGACAUUGAACUUACCAAUUCAAAAAGCCAGUAGAGAAAAAACAAGUGUAAGAAUAAAACCGAAGAGAUCAUGGUUCGAGUCGUAUCAAAAGGUAAUAUCCAGACUGGAAGAACAUAUGGAUCAGGAUGACGCAAAGUCAUUGAACCUACCAGUUCAAAAAGCCAGUGAGGAACAAACAAGAAUAGAAAGGAAGAGGAAGAUGUCAAGAGAAAAUACGACUCACACAAGUGAGAAGCGGUUCAAAUGUAAAAUAUCCAAGAAAGAUUUUGCUGCACCAUCGAAUCUGCGUACACAUAUGAGGACUCGCACAGGUAAGAAGCCGAUCGAAUGCAAAAUAUGCGGAAAAAUUUUCACCACGACAUCGAGUCUGCGUGAACAUAUGAGGAUUCAUAACGGUGAGAAGCCGUUCUCUUGUUCAGAAUGCAAUAUGAGUUUCACUCAAUCAUCGACUCUGCGUGAACAUAUGAGUAUUCAUAAUGGUGAGAAGCCGUUCGCUUGUUCGGAAUGCAAUAUGAGUUUCACUCAGUGUACAUUUUCAGGAGUAUUUUGA